AUGGGAGAAUUAGAGAGUUAUUCAACUGGUACUGACAGACCAAAUAUUAUUUAUUCUGAUGAAAUAGUUUUAAACCAACAAGAUUUUCCCAAAAGACCUUUAGACCAAGAUAGCAAACUCGGAAAACUUGACUCCAUCAAAAAGCCAGUUGCUAGAGGUGAUUCGGUUAAGAAUUUGAAAAGACUUGAUUCUAAUAGCGGUCCUGUAACUGUUAAAAAACCUUUAACAAGAUAUGAAAAAUUUCAAGCUUGGAUGGUUAAUGAAGGAAAUCGAAAAAUAUUUUUUACAACUUGGAUUUUACUUCAUGGAUUAGUUUUUUCAAUGGCGUUUUUGAAUUUCUUAUUUAGUGAUAAAUUGACAAUAGCUCGUACUAAUUUGGGUAUAACAUAUCCAAUUGCUCGUUCCUCGGCCUUGGUUUUACAUUUAGAUGCAGCCCUUAUAUUAUUUCCAGUUUGUAGGAAUUUGAUUUCUUUAUUUCGUACAACUCCAUUAAAUACCAUCAUACCAUUUGAUGAAAGUAUCGAUUUUCAUAAGGCUAUCGGCUGGUCAAUAUUAUUUUUCUCUUUGGUACACACAAUUUCUCACUGGGUAAAUUUUGCAAGAUUGACUAUGAAUUCGAAUGAAGAUUUCAUCUAUUUUUUGAAAUUAAAUUUUUUAAGUGGUCCUGGCGCAACUGGUUAUGUUAUGUUGAUAUCUUUGCUUAUAAUGGUCUAUACAGCUAUGGAUAAACAGAGACAUAGAAAUUUUAAUAUGUUUUGGUAUUUGCAUCAUCUAUUUAUACCUUUUUUUGGUGCAUGGGCAUUCCAUGGAUCAUUUUGUAUGAUAAAACCUGAUAGACCACCAUUUUGUGAUGAGAUUGCUUCGUUUUGGAAAUAUUGGAUAGCGUCUGGUACAAUUUAUAUUGGUGAACGUAUUUUACGUGAGAUACGUGCACGUCAAAACACAUAUAUAUCAAAAGUUGUUAUGCAUCCAUCAAAAGUGGUUGAAAUACAAAUCAAAAAAAAAAGUAUUGUGACCAAAGCAGGUCAAUACAUCUUUUUAUGCUGCCCUGCAAUAUCUCUAUUUGAAUGGCAUCCAUUUACUUUAACCUCUGCACCAGAAGAAGAUUAUAUAUCUGUACAUAUAAGGACUGUGGGUGAUUUUACUAGAGAAUUGGCAAAGAAAUUAGGUUGUGACUUUGAGGAAGAAGAAAGAUUACGUAAAAAAGCAAAGAGUGAAAAUCGUGUUAAAAGUACUUAUGAUGGAAUUGAUAUUUCAAUAAAUAGUCCAGAGUUGAAGAAAAUUUUACCUAGAGUGAUGAUUGAUGGUCCUUUUGGUAGUGCUUCAGAAGAUGUAUUUAAAUUUGAAGUUUCUUUAUUGAUUGGUGCUGGUAUUGGUGUAACACCGUUUGCAAGUAUUCUAAAAACUAUUGAAGAACAAGAUAUUGAUCAAUUCAUCGAGAUUCACACUUAUCUUACAGCACGUUUACGAGAUUCCGAUAUUGGUAAUAUAUUAGUGAAUGAUGAUGGUAAUGUUAAAGAUACCAUUACUGGACUUCGUGCACCAACACAUUAUGGUAGACCAAACUGGGAUAAGAUUUUUUCAAAAAUGAGGGAUCAACAUCCCUCCACUGAUGUUGGUGUAUUCUUUUGUGGACCAAAACCACUGGGAAAAAUAAUAAAUACUAAAUGUAAUUUAUGGAGUCAAGGAUUUGAAGAGGGCACAAAUUUCGUUUAUGGAAAAGGAUAUAACGAAAUUCAAGGAUUUGAAAAAUCUCGUCACGAGGAAGCACCUGAACGUACGUGA